AUGUCGCAAGUCUACAUCUUGCAUCCUACGACGGAUACCAAGGCAGCGGGGAGCACCGUUGAGGCCGAAGAUAUUAGCGAUUACAUACCAUAUCAACCGAGAAGAGAUGCUAAGGAUAUUCCUCCAUUUAAUGCCAUCCUAUGGCUCUCGACGUUUUACGGCCAACAAGUUCCUCCACUUCCUGUGGUUCACCCAAAGCAGGAGCUUGAAGAGCUGCCGGAUCAAAGUUCACAGGAAACCAUGGAGGAAUAUCAACUCUUCACCCCAACGGUGAAAAAUAAAAAGCUGGAUCUAUUUACUCAAGUCGGAUUGACUGGCUUUCCAUUGAUUGAGAAAACGAAUUUUAACAUUGUUCGAAACUAUCCGGCAGAUGAACAAUACAACGGACCGCAGAAUUUGAUUUGGACUAUAGGAAAUUCCUAUUAUACUGCUGUGGCUUGGUGCGUAUAUGGGAACUGGGAACUUUGGCCUCGUGUGAAAGCUCAACAUAGAACAAUUGUCAAUCGCGUUCUCGCAGACAAAAAUCAUCCUCGUCAUGAACUAUACACAGAGUUGAACCAAACACGAAAGGGCGAAAACAAUCUAAACUUAAAGGAAAGAUUAGGAACCCCAUAUUGCGCGAUUCGACACGAGGAUAUUCAACAAAUUACUGCCGAUUUGUAUGGAAUUCUGCUUGUGAUUUUUACCUAUCAACCAGCGGUACAUAUGAAGGGCAGUGAAGCUGAUCAAGCAGAACAGCAUUUCGCUCCAUCCAUCAGGGGCGAUUUCAACCGUCCUCACAAAUUCAUUCGCUUUUCCAUUGGUGCCUUGCCAAAGAAGUUUGAGAAAUAUCCAGACGCAAAGCGUAUACCGAUAUGGCAAAUCUAUGAGCCCAUGUUCCUCAACAUACCUGCUCCUGCUCGACAUUCAGACUUUAAAUAUAUCAGGCCAACAUUCAUUAAUACCAGGGCUUCUUUACCAGCCGAGGUGAAAGAUGAGGACUCGGCUAUAUGGGAUGGACUUAAUCAUCCAUGGAGAAGGGUUUUCGGGGAUCGAGUUCCUAUUCCAAAUCCUUUGACACAUCCACCUUGCUGGGCGAAAGGCAUUCCGGUGCCUUCAUUGGCCGAUUUAGCUAUCGCUUUAGGAUGCCAUAUUGGGAAUCCAGAUGAUAAAUCUACUUGGAUUACGAAAUUACCACAGUGGAUAAGGAAGUAA